AUGGCAAAGAAACGAACUUCUUCUCCCUUACCUGACUCGGCUGCGAAGUCAAAAAAGAGAGCGAAAUCGGACAGACCUGACUCGAAAUCUGGCAGCAAGACAGGUGAUUUCCAUUCUGACCAAACCAAACGGUUUCCUCUACAGAAAAUUCAAGACAUGUUGACGCGAAAAUUUAGUGGAACAGUGAAACCGGAAGCAGCCGUUUUCUUGACAGCCAUUCUGGAAUAUUUGUCCGUGGAAAUUUUGGAACUAUCGGCUAAUGUCGCAAGAAAUCGCAGCAAUAAUCCAACUGCAGCUCUGAAAUUAACCUUGGGGGAUACACUAGAAGCGAUUGAAAGUGACCCUGAGAUCAAGGAACUUAUUGUAAAAGUAAAAAACAUGACCUCGAAUGGUGACAAGUGA